AUGAAGAUUACUGCUUGGCAUAACCCUUUAACCUUUACCGCAAUCAUUUCAGCCAUUUUAUUCUUCCUCACUUCUCCACACCUAGAAGCGUAUGGUCACCGGCGCUACAAACUACAGCUGGUCAGAUUUAAUGAUUCUGAAACCUGUUUGGAUGAGUUCAAGGUCUUCAACCUCGCAUCAACGACGAGCUAUGCUCUUAAUUAUGCUACCAUGGGGAAUGGUGCGGAGUUUGACAGGAAUGCAAUCCAGGAAUUCGUGAUACCCGUUAAAGGUUGCAGUAUUCGGGAUGCUGCACGUAAUCAGGGUCUACUUGAUGCGCUAAAUGAGGCCGACAGACUCGCCUCUCUACCACGCGGAUUCACCGUGCUUAUCGGGCCAGCUCUGCCAGCAGACUGCAACUUUGUUACUGACUGGAUCAGAGAGGGUGAAGUGGUGGACAUCUUUGGUCUAUACCAAAUCCAGUAUAACUGUCGUCUGAAUGGACUAGUUCAGCCCUCUGUUCAAGUUGAUAUUUCAAAUUCCACAGAACAUAUGACGGGUGAUCUGGUGGCCCUCUCGAUGACUAUUCAACUGUCUACGCUAGUGGCGGCGCUAAACGUAUUUCUGCGACACUACGGGUGGCAACGAAUUGCAGUCUUCUACGAGGUAAGUCUAGAAAGCCUGCAGAAUAGGUUAGUGGCGGAGCGGCUGCAAGUCUUCUUCGCCUCCUUGCCAACAGCCACGGACAACCUGGAGAUUGUGGCCUUUCGAAGCAUCCGCUGGGGUUCGCAGCCAAGCUGGUAUCUGCAAAAUUUUACCCAACCCGUUGAUGGUAAGUUGGACAGUUUAAUUUUACUAAAUUCUCAAGUAGUUAGUCAUUGCGAGGCCAUUACCUACAUUUUUUGCAGGUUUCACAGUAAUUGUUGGUCAAACCACGCUUUUACUACUGUUUCUAAUGAUGGGUUCGAGAAGGAAUUCGAAACGUCAGGCGACUAA